AUGGCGCUCCUCGUAGACAAACACCGACCUCGAACGCUGGAAAGCCUUACAUAUCAUCCGGAGCUUUCAGAACGACUUCAAGCCCUUGCAAACUCAGGCGACUUCCCACACCUCCUCAUCUACGGCCCAUCUGGUGCAGGCAAAAAGACGCGAAUCACAGCGACACUGCGAGCACUUUACGGUCCCGGUGUCGAGAAGAUCAAGAUCGACAGUCGAGUCUUUCAAACGACCAGCAACCGCAAACUCGAGUUCAACAUCGUGUCGUCAAACUACCACCUCGAAAUAACCCCUUCAGAUGUCGGCAAUUACGAUCGUGUCGUCGUGCAGGAUCUGUUGAAAGAAGUGGCACAGACGCAACAGGUAGACCUCUCGGCCAAGCAGCGAUUCAAGGUCGUAGUCAUCAAUGAGGCGGAUCACUUGACAAGAGAUGCACAGGCCGCGCUGAGACGGACGAUGGAGAAGUACAGUCCGAAUCUGCGACUCAUACUCCUGGCAAACAGCACGAGCAACAUCAUCGCCCCGAUUCGCUCUCGUUGUCUGUUGGUACGAGUCGCAGCGCCGACAGAGGAUGAGAUUGCUGAGGUUCUGGCUCGCGUGGGCAAGGAUGAGAGGUAUCCGUCGUGUGAGCCAUUGGAAAAGAGGAUCGCGAAGGACAGCAAGAGAAAUCUGAGGAGGGCAUUGCUCAUGUUUGAAGCAGUCCAUGCGCAGAACGAAACCGUGUCAGAGAAGACGCCCAUACCACCACCAGAUUGGGAGGCACUGAUCGAAGUCAUUGCAAAGGACAUUAUCGAAGAGCGAAGCCCAGCACGCAUUUUGCAAGUACGGGCAAAACUUUACGAUCUACUCACUCACUGCAUUCCAGCCACGACGAUCUUGAAGACCCUCACCUUCAAGCUCAUGCCAAAGCUGGACGACAGUCUGAAGGCAGACGUGGUGAAGUGGAGUGCCUUUUACGAGCAUCGCAUCCGAACCGGCUCAAAGGUCAUCUUCCAUUUGGAGGCAUUCGUGGCCAAAUUCAUGCGGAUAUACGAGGGCCACCUGCUUGGCAUGGACAUUGACUUUGACGACUGA